GGACGACAUUUCGAAUGUCGUAAUUGUUCGUUCAUUUUUUCGUUUCGUUUCGAUGUGAGUGUGUAUGGGUGCUUUAGUGAAAAGCAAGAAGAAGAAGAAGAAGAAGCAGCCAAUAGGCAAAGCAGUCAGUAAUAAGAGAAGGAAUGAAAUAAAAAAGUAGAUAUAUUGCGUGUUUUUUAUACGUUUUUCGAAUGGCAGGCAGAAAUAUAAUAGACUCAGUUGCGUGAAUUAGACAGAAGUAACAAUACAUACAUUUUCGCCUUAUAACACCAUAGAAUUCAUUUUCAGAUUUUCUAUGAUUUAUUGUGUAGUGAAAUUUCGUCGAUUUGGAUUUUAAUUUUUCGCAUUAAAAUUUUUAUUCGGUUGUUUGACUUUUUUUUCAUCGAUACCAUACCAUAUCACACAUACACAUAAAACCACGAAAUAAUCUCUUUUUUUUUUGUUCGACGUUCGCCGUAGAAAUUCGGUAUCGUUGGAAUAAUUUUGAGAAAAGAUAAAAAGUUUUGGUUUUUUGUCGUGGUCGUCAAGAGCUGAUUUAAGAGCAAGAAAAAAAAAGACGGUGUCGAAAGGUUCGCCUGUGAAGACCGAGAACGAACCGAGCGAAAAACAAAAAAACGUGAGUGGAAUUUUUUUUUCUUGUACAGUGUUCAUACGAUUCCACGCCGCCGAGUAAUUUUCAAUUAAAUUCAAUUUUUUCCUUUUGUCAAUCAAAGUCCAUUUUAGGUGGAAAAGUUAGUUUUGACAACAGACAAACGUGUGUGGUGAACUAGUCAAUAUUUUGUGUCUCGUUUCAGCCGAACAAUUUUUUCUUCUGAAACAAAAUUCAGUGUGAAUAUUUGCAAGAUUUUGUCACAUAGACACAGUCACAACAGUGUAACAAAAACACACCAAAUACAUUGAUGAUCAAAAGUGAGGAAAUAAUCCGAGUAAAAAGAAAAACGAGCAAAAUAAAUACAAUCGAUAGACAAAUCACCGGACAAAGUGAAAUCAACCGUGUUCACAUUAGAAUCGAAAGGGAAAACCUUAGCUAAACAAGGUGACGAACGCAUAGUUGCAACAAAAUGCAUACAUUCAGCGAAAACAGCUCAGGUGUGCCAGCGUUUUUAGCGAAACUCUGGCGUUUAGUGGAAGAUGAAGAGACGAAUAAUCUCAUUUAUUGGAGUGCAGAUGGGAAAAGUUUUAUCAUCCAAAAUCAGGCUCAAUUUGCGCGUGAGAUAUUGCCAUUGAAUUAUAAGCACAACAAUAUGGCGAGUUUCAUACGGCAGCUGAAUAUGUAUGGUUUCCAUAAAAUCACAUCACUCGAUGGUGGUGGUUUGAAGUUUGAUCGUGACGAAAUGGAAUUUUCACAUCCAUAUUUUCAGCAUGAUCAUCCAUACCUGUUGGAGCUUAUCAAGCGAAAAAUAUCCACAGCCAAAACAUCAAAUAAUGUGGAUGAUAAAACGACCAUCAAGCAGGAAAUUGUGUCAAAGGUGUUGAGCGAUGUGAAAUUAAUGAAAGGCCGACAGGAUUCGUUUGACAAUCGAUUUAUGUCAAUGAAACAGGAGCACGAAGCGCUGUGGCGUGAAGUGGCCGUUUUACGGCAAAAGCAUCUGAAACAACAGCAAAUUGUCAAUAAAUUGAUACAAUUUUUGGUGACAAUUGUGCAACCGCAACGUGGCAGUGGCAUUGGAUCAAUGGGUGGUAUGGGCGGUGUUAAACGCCGUUAUCAAUUGAUGAUCAAUGACAUUCCCACCAAUGCGGCCAAAGUGCGAAAAACAUCACGCAGUGCUGGCAGCGGCGCUGUCACCGAUGGCCCGGUCAUUCGUGAACUAACCGAAGAACUAUUUGAUAAUUAUGCCGAUGGUAUGGAUGACGAUGUAGUCAAUUCACCGUAUGUCGUAUCACCGAGCGACUUUCAAACACCCAGCAUCAAUGACUAUGAGGAGUGUGAUAAUAUUGACGAUGUUGAUGCCGAUCAAAUUAUUACCGAAGAUGGCGGCGCUGUUGUGGACGCAUCCUCGGCAAAUGUGACCAGCGAUGAUAUUGGCGAAAAUGUCUAUAAUACAGCCGAUUAUAAUAGUGAUUUGAUUUAUGAUGUGACCAUUAAAACACCAGGUAUGGCCGGUACAUCAAAUCAGACUGUCGAUAAUAUCGCCGUUGAAGAAUUGCUAGACAAUGUUACGGCUGCGACAGUCGCCGAUCCAAUGGCUACAUUUAUUAAGCAGGAAAACAAAAAUAAACAACCAAUUCUGGUGCAAACACAUCAAAAUAUUAAACAAUCCAUCAAUCCGAAAUUGAUUGCCAACAAAAAACAGUUGCCAGGCAAUGUGAUCAUUGCGAAUGCAGGCGGUAAUAUGCAGGGCAUGAAACGUCUUCCGAUUGUUAAAAUUGCGUCCAAUCAAAUACUAAACAAUCAAGCAACCGCUGCCUCAGCAGCUGGUAUUCGUCAGCUGAAUGCCAGUGGCAAAAGUCUAAUUGAUGCACAAAAAUUAAAAGCGGUCAAACAACAACAACAACAACAACAACAACAACAACAACAACAACAACAACAACAACAACAACAACAACAACAACAACAACAACAGCAACAACAGCAACUACUACAAAAUCAACAGCAGCAACAACAGCAACAACAGCAACAACAACAGAUUGGACAAAAACAAAUCAUACAAACGAUUCCACAGCCUGGGAAUAAACCAAUUUUGAUAACAGUUGGUCGGGCACAAACGCCCGUAUCAACAACGGCCAUUGGGAAAACAUACAAAAACAAAGAUGAUUUCAUUAGCUCAGAAAUUCCAGCUGAAUUGUUCCAGGAUGACACCAGCCAGGGCAACUUUGACGGCAGUAAUUUGAUGAAUAAUGUCAACAGUGCGAAUCAACUGAAUGUGAAUCGAUUGGCGGGCGAUUUUGGGCAAUCGAUACCAGUAGCAGUUAGUGCUGCUGGCACAAGCGGUGUUGAUAAUUACAAUAAAAACAUGGCCAUUGCCAGAUUCAACAGAAAACCAUCACAUGACGACAUCAUGCGAGUAUCAAAUGACCCAUCUUAUUACAGAGACCAAUUGAAUACGCAUUUGGAUAGUGUACAGGGUGAUUUAGAAGUGCUCAAGGAAUUCCUUCGCGACGAAGACAACUUUCAAGUGGAUGCAAACACAUUGCUCAAUAAUCCACAAAACCCAUCAGGAAUGAAUGCCGAUUCAAUAUCGAGCUAUAUUAACAAGCCAUUUGGAAAUGGUCAAGCCGACCAGAGAAUUGGACGUCCAACUUUUUCGUUUGAAUCUUAUUUGUUCGGUGAUAAUGAUGUGUUUCAACAAUAUGGAAUCCCAAUGAAUCCAACGGAUACGACCAAUAUACCCGGUUUAGUGGAACGUCAACGUGGCCAAAAUGAUGCACCAUCCAACCCGAUCGUCAACACCACCGGCAACGCAUUGAUCAGCUACAAUCAACCCGACCAACAAACGCCAAUUGAUUUCACCGAUUUUCUUAACCUUGAUGACAGUCAACUAGCAUCAGAUGCUGCAGCAGCAAUGGCAGCAUACAAUUUGCCAACACAGAACAAUGUAAUGCCACAAGUGUCAUGUACAAGUCCAAUUAUUGGAGAUUUAACAACGCCAUACAUAAAACAAGAACAAUUCUCUUAUCCAAAAUAAGACACCAAAUAGCGUGAGAUCACAAACAAACAAAAUGAAAAUGAACCAAUCGAUCCGACCACACGUGUGUGUGUGUAUGUGUACGUAUGCAUGUUCACUGAAUAAUUUAUCGAUAUUAUUGGAACAAACAAUGAAUUGAAUUGCCAACUCAACCACACUGAUUUUGAUGCCAACUUUAUUGAUUUCUUACAAAAUACACGCUUCGUUUUUGACAGCAAAAAUUUUUCAAAGAAAAAUAAAAACUUUUAACUACUGACCAUAGAAGAAAUUCGAAAGAAAUACACUAAAUUUUGAUUAAGAUAGCUAUAUGAAUCAAUCCAUCUUAUGGAAAAAUAGAAUUUAAAUAACAUUUAUUUUGUAAGCAAACAAUAGACCAUAUGAACGAAAAAUACUUCUUUUCCAUAAGAGUAUCAAAAACAACAACAAUGGCUCCAAAAUUUGGCUGCAUUGUAUGCCUAUACAACAGCUCUGAAUUGUACCAAAUUGUUGCUGUACAUAGCUCAAAAUUGUACGAAGAAAGAAUAGAAAUUGUAUCAAGAAAGCCCGGAUUGAUGAUCAUCAAAUAGAAAACAAAGAAAUUAUAUGUUGCUAAAACGAAUGAAACACACACACGCAACGGAUCGAAGCAAAAACAAAAAAAAAAUCAUACAUUUCCAGCGAACAAGAUAGAAUAUGUGGCGUUUGGCCGUCGCAUUCCUUCUCUCCUCAUCCUCCGCAGCGCGAAUGCAAAGUACGUAUGGUGUUAAUUAGACAUCCAACACACCAUUUCACCGCUCGAAAUAAGGUUUUUUUUUUAACUAGUUGUAAUGUAUGGAUGUUCCGGAGAUGAUUUUGAUGAAGAAACAAAAAACUCAGCCGAGAAUCACACUCAACUAUUUACAUCGCAACCAAUUGUUGCCAACAAUCGAUUAACUCGAACAUUUUUUUUAUUCGCCGCGAUAUGAACUCGGGUGUGUUUCAGCGUUCUCGAAAAAUUAGUGGAACAACUGUUAUCGGAACUCGGACGGAUUUAUCGGCAUUUUACUACAUAUAGAGAUUCCGAUGAAUCGGAUGGAUUGUUUCGAAUCGGAAUGAAGGUUUCACUGAUUUUUCUGAGUGCACGACAUAAGCUCGUGUCAUUUUUAACUAUUUUGAUACAAAAAAAGGAGAAAAAAAACAUAAAUUUUUCCAAAAGUAACCCAUAGUUCGUUUUUUAUUUCUUCAACCUAAUCUGUUCAAUUGAAUGUGGUGUAAAUUGCGUGCUAUUUAAAAACACAACAUUAAUCAACUCUUAUUGUUAUUAUUUGUAUAAGUUAAAUGAAAAAAAAAUCAAAUGAAAACGAAAAAAAUAAUUAUAAUAUAUAUGGAACAAUGGUGAAUGAUUUACUAUAUAAAAAAAAACAAUGCUAUGUUCUCUAACAACGAUUUUUGUUGUAGAUCAUUUCUAAUUUUCCCUUCAUCUAUUCGUUUUGGUGGCAACGGCAUCAAAGAACGACAGACCGAUUUAGACCGAAAGACACGACCGAUAUAUAUGUAAAAUGAAAUUCUAACGCAGAUGACAUGGAUUCAACUGCAAAUUAAUAUAUUUUAUAUAGAAAUUUACACACACACACACACAGUUUUUAGAUUUAGAACAAAAUAUUUAUACAAUGAAUUGCUGUACAAAAAAAAAACACUAACUGAAAACAACAACAAAAAUGUUGACGAAACAAAAAUUAUUAUGAAAACUAUCAACAUCACUUUCUCAAUCCAAAAUGCAUGGAUUCUUUAUGCUCUUCGGCAAGUCUUUCGAACCGCAUUUUCAUUUUUUAGCUCCUCCUCCCUCGGUUUCGGACAAUAAAUCACAGAGCCUUUUCAUACGAAUUCGUACAAAAUUAUUGCUCUUUCCAUUUCAUCAACGCAUUUUUUCCGUUUAAAACUACUUUUUUCUUUAACAAUGGCGAAAAUUGAAUAUUUUUAACGGCAGCGCUUAGAUUUUUCUUUCAAAAACAAUUGAAAAAUCAAUUACCGUGUGGAAAAUUUUUGACUGUCUAAGUCAGUCGAUUAAUUUGGGACAUACAGUGACUAUUUGACUGACUAGAAGUGAUUGUCUCGAACAAAAUAAGCAACUGCAGUUAUUUUUAAUCACAAAUCACUCUUAGUCAAAAUGUCCCAAAUCAGUCGACUGGCUGAAAGAAUAACUAAACGUGAUUUUCCACAUACAAAACGCAUGAUUUCAAUCAACUUGGCCAGUUUUAGUUGCGUAUCACUACAUGCAACUACAUACAACUGAGUGACUGUUAGUCAUUUUAUUUGCACACGGGUAAUUUUACACAAUUCGGAUUUCGUUGAAAAUCAACUUUGCAUUUUCGGUUAACACCGAAUUUGAAACAAUUUUCUUCUAUUUCGUUCUAAAUGAUUUGAUGAUCAAGAAUCAAAAUCAUUGAAAUUAUAUUUGGAAAAUUUGGAUGCAAGGCCAUCGGUGUGGAAAAUCAAUUUAUGAACGAAUCAAUUAUCAAAUUUUUUAUUGACUUGAGAUACCAAAUCAUAACUUGUCAACUUCCUCUCAAUACGACUCAUUAUUUUUUUCAAUUUCACACCCAAACACACGAUCAUUUCCGUCAUUUGUCAUGUCUUUCGUUUUUAACGUAGUUUUCAAUUUGAGAAUGAAUUAAUCGCUUCUUCUGUUUUUGAUCACAUUAUUCGGAUUAAACUAUAAAAAAUUCUAUUUUUGGCUAAUUAUACCUUUCGUAAUGUAUUAAAAUGAUCGAAUAAAUCAAAAAAAAAUUAUAUUGUCUAGAUACCAUUAAAAAAAAAACCAAACAAAAAAAAUUAUAUGCAAAACUCGCGCGCAUUUUCUGAUGUACAACCAGAUCGACUAAAAUCAAACUAAAUCGAUUGAAUAAAAUGCUACAAAACCCAAAAAA